AUGCCGAAACCAACAAUUUCAUACAGUUUAAACGGACUUCCAGCGGCAGCAGUGGAUUCGAUUGGUUCUUUGCUUGAAAUUCUGGCACGUAUUCGAGGCAUUGUGCUAACCGAGCAGUCGAAUGAUGAGACAGCAUCAAUUAUUAUCUCAGCUCCGGAUGUUCACAGACUCGUCGUAGGAUCAGAUGAUUCCCAUUACGAUUCGACAACCCUCUACAUAGAAGACUUCCUCAACCGUCUGUGUGAAGCGCUUGAUGCCGUUGGCAAGAAAGCCGAGGCGGGCGCUUUCCGUCACGCUUUGCAACUAUAUCACACCGACAGAGAGCUUGGGGCACUUAAACAUGGCGAAUCCGUCACCAACAGGCAGCUUAAAAACGACUCAUUCGAGGACUUGGAAUUUCUGGUUGAAGCGUGGUUAGUAGCGUUGAAUUCCGAAGAAUCUGCCAGAAAGUUACCGGCUCCCUUGCCGGUCAAAUCACCCGAUACUCGGGCCAUGACAUUGGCGGAAAAGAUAUUGGCUCAUCACGCAUUCUCACUGCCGUCAUCUGGUGGCUUAAAGUCUGGAGAAUUGGGCAUGAAACAUGGAAUGGUCAGUAUUGGAGAACUACCAUCGGUCUGGCGAAACGAUCGUUUUUGGCUGGCCGGAGAUCAUACCGUUGAACCACGGACAUAUGACCAACCUCGCGUACGAGAGCUUCUUAACGGUUUGAAUGACGCCAAGCAAGAAUUUAAGAUGACAGAGAACCAGGGAUCGAAUUACACCAUUCUUCACACAGAAUUUGUGCGCGAGCGGGCCGAACCAGGAAUGCUCGCGCUUGGCUCUGACUCGCACACCUGCUCAGCUGGAGCUGUCAGUUGUCUCGCAAUCGGGCUUGGUGCAGCCGACGUGAUGACAGCACUUGCGACAGGCGAAACAUGGAUCAAAGUCCCCGAGUCCAUCAGAAUUGACUUCACUGGAGAGCCAGCUUGGUACAUUCGUGGCAAGGAUGUUAUACUAUAUAUACUAAAAGAGCUCAAGCGAAACACAUUUGCGGCGGACAGAAUCGUAGAGUUCGGUGGCCUCGGAGCUCGAUUUCUUUCCUGCGAUGCACGUUUUGCAAUAACUAACAUGUGUACGGAGCUUGGCGGUGUCACGGGUAUCUUCGUUCCAGACGAAGUCACCAACACGUUCGUUUCGGGUCGACCGCAAAGCAAGUAUAAGUCAAAUUCUAUCUAUUUUCAACCCGAUAAGGACGCUUCUUACGCAGCUACAUUUCAGAUUGACCUCACAAUGGUGGAAUCCUUCAUUGCUCUGCAUCCGUCGCCGGACAAUGUCGUGCCGGUGUCGGAGAAACUUGACAUGAGUUUCGAGGGCUGCUUUAUAGGCGCCUGCACUACUACUGAAGAAGAGUUGGUCCUUGGGGCGCUGGUGCUCGAAGCUGGCCUCAAGAAUGGCCUCGGCUUAGCUCCAGGAAAGCGCAUGGUUGUUCCAGGAAGUAUACCUAUUGUUAACAGCUUGAGAGAAUUGGGACUGUUAGAAAUAUACGCACAAACUGGCUUUGAACAACCGGCAGUCGGGUGCAGUUUGUGCCUCGGAAUGGGAGCAGAUCGAGCUGGUGAGGGAGAAAAUUGGAUUUCAUCCCAGAAUCGAAAUUUCAAGAAUCGUAUGGGCAAAGGGUCGACCGGACAUAUCUGCUCCGCAGCGACUGUAGCUGCAUCAUCAUUCAGCAUGCGACUGACCAACCCUGCAGCGCUGCUAGCUCAAGUCUCCCCUGAUCGGUACAAAGCGCUACUUGAAAGCUGUCAAAGUUACAAGAACCGAGUGCGAAAAGUCAAAUCCUCGAAAAAAGAGAGCGUAAAACGCUCUGUAUCCGUGAUGCCCUCAUACGUGGAACCAUAUCUGCAUUUUCGAUCGCCUUUGACUGAAAAGCAUACUCAAAUGCAUGCACCAAGCGGGGGCGAAGGAGAACAAUGUGGUAACCUCGACAUUAUUGAGAGCAAGAUAUAUGCUCUAGGUGACUUUGUCGACACAGAUGCAGUAAGCAGAGACUUGUUCCUUCACCUCUCUGAUGUUUCCGGAGAGACGAUGACUUCAGGCGUGCUAACAAUGUUGGAGAUUAUCCCUGCUGCAUUCAUUCUCGAGAGCCCGACGGACACUCUUCUCGGCAGUCAUGCCUUGGAGUUCACUAACCCCGACUUCCGCGACAAAGUACGUCAAGGUAUGCGUGUAGUCGUAGCUGGAAAAGCAUUUGGUUGCGGCUCAUCUCGUGAAGAAGCACCACGGGCUUUGAAAGGACUGGGUGUGCAGUGCGUGAUUGCAAAGUCGUUCUCUUUCAUUUACGGCCGCAAUCAACCCUCCAUCGGUUUACUGGGGAUCAACAUCGCAGACGAUAGGUUCUAUGAGCUCGCCAAAACAGGCGCAGGUAUUAAAAUUGAUGUUCCUGGACGGGUUGUGCGACUUGAAGGGCAGAAUUUCCCUUUUGUGCUCGAUGACAUGGAGCUGUCCUUGAUUAAAAACAACGGAUUAGCUACCGCAUAUAAGAAAUAUGGCAAGAAUGUGUUCGCAUUGCUAUGCAACACCAAGAGUUCUCUGAGGCCGUCAGAACUUGCAGAGUUGCAGUUGAAGGGCGUUAGCGAUGGAAUGCAGACGAGUCUCGAAUGGUAG